AUGCUCGAGACGCUCGAGAUGGGGCGGAGGGUGUUCUGGAUCGACGACGGAACCUAUCUGCGACGAGACCCGGUGCCAUGGAUGUCGGACCUCUCGAAAUACGACAUGCAGAUCCCCGACAGCUGGGCGACCGGCAAGCUCAACUCGGGCGUCUCCUUCUUCAACCCUACACAAAGGACAAUCUCGCUCUUUCAGAAGUUGCUCAACAUCGCCGAGCUUCCUCUCGAGCGCGACCGCCUCACCUGGGCCUCGACGAACCUCCUCAUCGACCCGCGCGGCGAGCUGCGCGACUUCCAGCACACGCACACGCAGCCAAAACGACCUUCAGUGCUCGACGACGACAUCUUUGACAACGAGCCGUCCAUCGCAGCGAAAGCGGGAUACGGACAGGUCGAGUUUGAGUCGCCGUGGGAUGGAGGGCUGGAUGUGCGCAUCUUGGAUGUCAAGAAGUUUAGGACGAGUUCGGGCAGGCUCGGGCGCAAGCAGUUCGACUUUGAGAAGAAGAGGCGCGAGGAGGCGCUUUACUUCCACUGCUUGUGCUGCGGCGAUGUUUACACGAAUGACUUGAUCGCCGGCGCCCUCGGCUUCCACCAGCCCUCGCUCACCUACGACCUCGCGACGCCCACCUCGAUCCCCAAGCUCCCUCUCGUCCUCAAGCUCGUCUCUCUGCGCGGCACCGCCUCAGAGAUGCAACACGCCAUGUCCUUCCUCCUCCAAAUCGCCCACGAAUCCGGCCGCACCGUUGUCCCUCCUUUAACCGGCACCUUGCUCGACAAAGACGAGCAGGGCGAGACGCGCGAGACGGAGAAAUACGUUUGGCGCCUGUUCCCCGUGUCGAUUUGGGCGCAUCCGUCGAGCGUGCAUGCGUCGACUCUGCCGCAGAGCGUGCACCUCCCACCGACGAGCAUCAAGGUGCGCGAACCGUCGUUUGUCCAGCACGCGGCGGACCACCUGCGCUCGACGUUCCCGGAUCAGAGGGAAUCGACUCGCCUUGUCGACGAGCUCACGGAGACGCUGGUGCUGGACGUCUCGGAUCCCGAAAUCAAGGACAUGAAGGACCUGAUCCAGCGCCUCACUCGGCCUUUCUGGUCGACUGAGCGCAUUGUCGCGCUCGAAGGGAUCGAGCGCGUCAAGGGCAAGAAGGGGUGGGAGUUGAAGAGCGAGUUUGGGAGGGUCAGUAUGUGCAAGGUGGGGCUCGAGAGUCGCGAGAAGGAGUCGUGCGACCAGCUUUGUCCGCUAUAG